AUGAUCGAAUUUAAUAAAGGGUGGGCACUGGCAAUUGAGCCUGCCGAAUUCAUUGCAAGGAUCAAGGCUUAUGAGGUGAGCCGACCAGCGAUCGAUGAGCUUCAUGACCUGGAACGAUGUGCUACAAGCAUUAUAUCUAAGCUACCACAUGAAAUCUUGAACAACAUCAUCUUUGAGCUCGUACAGAAGUCUUACCGUCAGUUGAUAGAACCUCAGCGUAAGGUAAACGACUGUUGCGAGCGCAAAUGCAUCCAUGAGGGUCGGCUAAAGCAUCUGGAUCGUGCUGAAGAGUUGGCUUUAUUAGACAUCGAGAAUCUCAUCGAUAAUGGAGACAUGGCUGGUUUAGAGACUCAAUUCCUGCGUGAUGUUGGUGAACAAAGGGAAGGGCUUUGUCAACUCAACAGAGUGCGACACUAUACGGCGUUAAGCACAACUGCAACGCUUUUGAAGAAUUUUCAGGCUAGGCUAAAGCUGUGGCGUUGGCCAGCAAAUCAUAUUUUCCAAGCUAUCAAUGACUGCAACAUCCGCCCCAUUUUACGGUUCAGUAGAAAUUACCUGAAAGAUUAUCACGACACUUGGGCCCGAGCCGACGAUGAAAAUUUGGAUGACUAUGAUGAUUUUAUCAACUCGAUUGAUGUCAAGGCUUAUCUGCUGCUGCCGCUUGACGAUGACAGGUAUCACUGGCUACGAACAGUAAUUAACAAGAACAAGCGUCUCUGCCAAUAUCAUGAUCUACUCAUGUUGAAACACGAGAAAAACACCCUCCUUAGCGCUGCACAGGUACUGAAAAUGAUACCACCGAAAGCCAUGCAAACAUUUUCCGAAGAACAAGUGCAAGGAGAGCCUGAAUCUAUGGGAAGAGAUCGCACUGAAAGCGGCACACCUCCUGGAAGCGAAGGUGGGACCUUGAGCGAUGGCCUUAGAGGUCGAAUAUGGCUUGAUUGGGGGGCACUCAUGGGAAAAGAGAUGUACAGCAAGCCUUUCAUUGAACCCCAUCCAGCUGUCAUUACCAAUCUGAAGCUGCCACAGAUUGUCUGA